UCCCUCUCUCCCGCUCCUCCCACCCUCCUCCUCCCGUCCCCGGGUCCGUGGGCCGGUGGGCAGGACCCUGCUCGGUCCUUCCCCGCCGGUGGCAGAGCCGGCCUUGGGUGGCAUGGAGGGCCAGUAAGAGCAGAGGGCAGCGCCGCAGGAGUCCCGGGCCCAGAACCAGGAGUCCAGGCCUCCCCCGCAAGAUCUCCCACCCGCCGACUCAACCUGAAGCCACCCCAGGGAGAAGAGGCAGAGAGAUGCUGGGCGUGUGACAGUAGGUGUGAAAAUCCCCCGCGGGAACCAACAGGCUCCGCCGAGGUUUCUUCCCCGCGUGGCCCGGUCAUCAUCAACCCCGUCUGAGGGUGGCGGAGGUCGGGAUCCCAGGCCAGCCGCCCCGCCGGGCCCGAUGGCCUCCCGCCUCGCCCCGCGCCCCGUCUCGGGGACCCUGCUGCUCUGGGCCGUCCUGCUCCUGGAGCCGGCGGGCGCCACCCCCGCUCCCCCGCCGGACCCUCCGGCCAACGCCUCGCCGCCCGACGCCUGCGCCGGCUCCACGCGGUGCCAACCGGGGGUCCUGCUCCCCGUGUGGCAGCCCGACGACCCCUCCCUGGGCGACAAGGCGGCCCGCGCCAUCGUCUACUUCGUGGCCAUGGUCUACCUGUUCCUGGGCGUGUCCAUCAUCGCCGACCGCUUCAUGGCGUCCAUCGAGGUCAUCACGUCCAAGGAGAAGCAGAUCACCAUCACGCGCGCCGGCGGCGAGACCAGCGUGGGCACCGUGCGCAUCUGGAACGAGACCGUGUCCAACCUGACGCUCAUGGCCCUGGGCUCGUCGGCGCCCGAGAUCCUGCUGUCGGUCAUCGAGGUGUGCGGGCACAACUUCCAGGCGGGCGAGCUGGGCCCCGGCACCAUCGUGGGCAGCGCGGCCUUCAACAUGUUCGUGGUCAUCGCCGUGUGCGUCUACGUCAUCCCGGCCGGGGAGAGCCGCCGCAUCAAGCACCUGCGGGUCUUCUUCGUCACGGCGGCCUGGAGCGUGUUCGCCUACGUGUGGCUCUACCUGAUCCUGGCGGUCAUCUCCCCGGGCGUCGUGCGGGUGUGGGAGGCCCUGCUCACGCUCGUCUUCUUCCCCGUGUGCGUCGUCUUCGCCUGGGUGGCCGACAAGAGGCUGCUCUUCUACAAGUACGUGUACAAGCGCUACCGCGCCGACCCGCGCAGCGGCCUCAUCGUGGGCAGCGAGGGCCGCGGGCCCAAGGACAUCGAGAUGGACGGGGCCUUCCUGGGGGCCGGGGCCCCGGGCGAGGCGGGUCCGGCGGGCCCCGGGCGCGCGGGGCCCGAGGACCGGGAGCUGGCCGAGAGCCGCCGCGAGGUGAUCCAGAUCCUGAAGGAGCUGAAGCAGAAGCACCCGGACAAGGAGGCGGCGCAGCUGGUGGAGCUGGCCAACUACUACGCGCUGCUGCACCAGCAGAAGAGCCGCGCCUUCUACCGCAUCCAGGCCACGCGGCUGCUGACGGGCGCGGGCAACGUGCUCCGUCGCCACGUGGCCGAGGCGGCCCGGCGGCCCGGCGACGGGGGCUGGGGCGGCGACCGGGGCCCGGGGGAGGAGGGCGGCGACGGCGGCGACGGCGGAGACGACGACGGCGACGAGCCGGCGGCCGCCAGCCGCAUCAGCUUCGAGCCCGGGGCCUACCACUGCCUGGAGAGCUGCGGGUCGGUGCUGCUGGCCGUGGCCUGCCGCGGGGGCGAGGGCCGCAGCACCUUCUACGUGGACUACCGCACCGAGGACGGGUCGGCGCGGGCCGGCUCGGACUACGAGUACAGCGAGGGCACCCUGGUGUUCAAGCCCGGCGAGGCCCUGAAGGAGCUGCGCAUCGGCAUCAUCGACGACGACAUCUUCGAGGAGGACGAGCACUUCUUCGUGCGGCUCCUCAACCUGCGCGUGGGCGACGCCGAGGGCAUGUUCGAGCCCGACGCCGGCGGCCGCCCCAAGGGCCGCCUGGUGGCCCCGCUGGUGGCCACCGUCACCAUCCUGGACGACGACCACGCCGGCAUCUUCGCCUUCGCCGACCGCCGGCUGCGGGUCAGCGAGUGCGCCGGCGCCGUGGAGGUCCGCGUGGUCCGCGGCUCCGGCGCCCGCGGCACCGUCCGCCUGCCCUACCGCACCGUCGACGGCUCCGCCCGCGGCGGGGGCGUCCACUACGAGGACGCCUGCGGGGAGCUGGAGUUCGGCGACGACGAGACCAUGAAGACGCUGCAGGUGAAGAUUGUGGACGACGAGGAGUACGAAAAGAAGGACAACUUCUUCAUCGAGCUGGGCCAGCCCCAGUGGCUCAAGAGGGGCAUUUCAGCUCUUCUGCUCAACCAAGCCGACGGGGAUCGGAAGCUGACCGCAGAGGAGGAGGAGGCCCGGAGGAUAGCGGAGAUGGGCAAGCCGGUGCUGGGGGAGAACCGCCGCCUGGAAGUUAUCAUUGAGGAGUCCUACGACUUUAAAAACACAGUGGACAAGCUCAUCAAGAAGACCAACCUGGCCCUGGUGAUUGGCACCCACUCGUGGCGCGAACAAUUCCUGGAAGCCAUCACGGUCAGCGCGGGCGAUGACGAAGAAGAUGAGGAUGGGCGGGAGGACAAGCUGCCGUCCUGCUUCGACUACGUGAUGCAUUUCCUGACGGUGUUCUGGAAGGUUCUGUUCGCCUGCGUGCCCCCCACCGAGUACUGUAACGGCUGGGCCUGUUUCAGCGUCUCCAUCCUAGUCAUCGGGCUCCUGACGGCCCUCAUCGGCGACCUCGCCUCCCACUUCGGCUGCACCGUGGGGCUCAAGGACUCGGUCAACGCCGUGGUCUUCGUGGCCCUGGGCACCUCCAUCCCAGACACCUUCGCCAGCAAGGUGGCCGCCCUCCAAGACCAGUGCGCCGACGCCUCCAUCGGCAACGUGACGGGCAGCAACGCGGUCAACGUGUUCCUGGGCAUCGGGGUGGCCUGGUCUGUGGCGGCCAUCUACUGGGCCGUGCAGGGCAAGGACUUCGAAGUGCAGACGGGCACCCUGGCCUUCUCCGUCACCCUGUUCACCAUCUUCGCCUUCGUGGGCAUCAGCGUUCUCAUGUACCGGCGCCAGCCGCACAUCGGCGGGGAGUUGGGCGGGCCCCGGGGCCCCAAGCUCCUCACCACCGGCCUCUUCCUGGGCCUCUGGUUUCUCUACAUCCUCUUCGCCAGCCUGGAAGCUUACUGCCACAUCAAGGGGUUUUGAGGCCCACUCUCUCGCCCCCCCUCCGCCCCUCCCCCCAGCCUCCCCCUGCCCCAGGGAGAUGGUCCUGGCCGGCCCUAAGACCCCUGACCCUUCUUUUACUUCUCUCCCCCCACCUCAGGGAGCCGCAGCCCAGCCCGGGAAGACCCCGGGAUGCGGGUCAUUGGCUUCUGGCCCCCAGCUGGGGAGCCCCAGGGUGGGGAGGUAGGGAAAAAUGGGAAGAGGCCGGGAGUUGUGAGUUUCUGCCCCCUCCUCACUCAACCUCACUGGGGUGGGGGUCUGUCGGAGGCUUGGGGGUGGGAUG